AUGCCCGGCUGGCGCCCUCUCCCCCGGAUUGCCUUUGCAAUCUGCACGUAUCCUUUCCAGCCGACGUCGACGGCCGACCUACCGCUUGAGAUUGGCGAUGAACUAUACAUAAUAGAGCUGGGCGGAGAAGAUGGCAGCUGGUACCGUGGCUAUCUCGUCGCGCCGCCAUCGCUUCUGGCAGGUUUGACGACAGUCAAAGGUCAGACGUUGGAGGCACGCGUCUUUUCUGGAAUAUUCCCGAAAUGCUGCGUCGAAGUUCGUGAGGUUCUUGGGGAUAAGCGUUUGACCUCGCGAAUAAGCCAGUAUCAUGAUCCUCCCGCCACUGGAGCCCUACGAUUUGAACACAACACCGCUCGGGCAGAUCAGAGUGCCAAUGGCACGUGUACACCAGACGAAGGUCAUCUUGAAGGAACCGAGACCAGAUCCCGAACAUCUCCACAUGGCAGCGCGAGGCAAUCUACAGGCAUGCGUCUUGGGUCGCAAACCUGGACCAACAAUCCGGACCAAAUGCAACAGGCCCUCAUACCACUGCCACCAGCAUCUCCUCGACCCCGCGAUUCCUCCUUUCAAAGACCACUAGCGCCCGUUCCAAUGCUCAAGAUUGGCGAUGAAAAUCCUACCUCAAUUCAGGAGCCCCUUGUGGACGAAAUUGCAUCAUGCCUCCGCGAAUGGCAUUCGACCAAGCUACACGAGCUACUCCUAUCUAGAACAUACACUGAAUUGGAUAAGACUUCCGCUUUGGUAGACCGUUUGGACACAGCAAGAAGACAAUUGUUGCAUAAAGUUCUGACCCAGCAAGAGUUGCGCGACCUCCGCGAAAGGACAGUCUGGGACUUGGUGCGAGGAAACAAACUCCUUUCGGGGGAUGUGAUUGUGCGGAGUCCACACGAACGCGGGCGUAUGCUGACCGCGGAAGACUCCGCAAUAGAAGUCACGCAACUACAAUCUAUCAUGAGUCUGCUAGAAGAACAACCGACCCAGCCUGUAGACGAACACACCCUUCACCACUUGUUUGUGCACGUCAAAUCGGCAAAGAUAAAUAUAUCAGACUACUCCACGCAACUCAAUGUUUACCUUUGUGUCAAGACCCCCGGGUCGGCACCGCGGCCUAUCUCUGAAGUCUACUCCAUUGAUCUUAUCGUAAGAGACGGAACCAUGGUCUCAUCUCCAACGGAGCGUCUGAGAGCACUUUUCGCCGACUUGACUCCUGUGGACUUUGGGGAAGGUGCGGGAGCUGGAUCAAGUCUAUAUCUUGUGGUGAAGGUAUUGGAACACGAGCCUUUCAGAGACACAGCUACUCGCAACGGAUCACUUUCGGGACCUCGCGAGAGCAUAUCGAGUCUUCACGAGCGGCCGUCUCAAGCCGGAAGCUUCAGCGCAAAGGGAGGUCGGCGGAGUAUGAUGUUCGGAGCCCGAAAACGAGAGCAGGAUAGCAUCACAAGCCCCGAGCAUCAGCGAACAGCUAGUCACAGCAGGACGUCCGGAGACACGCGCCCAGGGUCUCGAAUGAAUGGAACACCCAGCGGCAAGUCUGCAAAACGAACCGUCGCAGUUGGCGUCUGUCGUGUAGAUGACAUCAUGAAAUCGAAGACUGAGAUGGAUUGGGAUCUUUCACUAUGGUCUAGCGCAGGUGAAUUUGACGAGGUGGCAGAGUCUGAUUAUCAGCAGAGCGAGAUAAUCCCUGAAUUAUUUCCGAACAGUUCCGGGCGAUACAAGCGACUGCAUGCUGUCAACUCGCUGCAAAUAGCCCUAAACCCGUUCGAAAAUCCUGACGCUGAAGCUCUCAUCGAAAAGACACCAACUUUGAUGCAUAAUAUGAACUGGACGCCCAAGAUUGGCUGGUCAGGAGCACCACGAAAAGCGCGCAGCGAUAUAUAUCUGACGGUUUCUGAGCCGUUCCUAUCUCGAAACUCAUUUCUAUCGCACCCAAAACAUGGGACUGUCCCACUGGCGCAGCAGACAUCUCUUGCAAACCUACAACUCACCAUUGAAGUUCGUAGAGCUACUGGAGAGCGCAUUGACAAUUGUAUAUUUCCCUCGAGCAACAGCUCUGGCCACACCGCAUGGCGAACGACCGCUGUCGAAAAGGGCGACAAAUGGAAUCUGACAGUAAGAUUAGCCAUCAAGCCUGAAGAUGUUCCUGGCUGUCACUUAGUUAUGAGCAUUGCGGAUGCACCACACUUCCCAUUUGCGCUCUGUUGGAUGCCACUCUGGCAACAAGAUGCCUUUAUUCGUGAUGGUGAUCACUCACUCGCGCUAUACAAAUACGACGAGUUUACUUCAGGCAUGAUUUCCGGUAGAGGCGCGUAUCUUGGCUUGCCUUGGAAUUCUAAGCAACGCAAAGACGAAUCGGUAACAGGAGCCAUGGCAUCUGUCAAACUCUCCACCUUUCUCUGUAGCACCAAAUACUCUCAGGAUCCCAGUUUGAUCGGUCUACUUAAGUGGAAAGAGCAGUCUGCCAGUGACCUCGCAGAAUUACUGAAACGUUUUGCUUUCGUGCCAGAAAUUGAGAUCGUCAAACUGUUACCUGACGUAUUCGAUGCACUUUUUGAGAUUGUCGUGGACUACGCUGGAAACGACGAGUACGAGGAUCUGGUCUUCAACGCCCUAGUGGUCAUGCUCAGCAUUGUUCAUGAUCGACGGUUCAACCUAGGUCCUCUGGUCGAUGAUUACGCAGAGAAGCGCUUCAACUAUCCUUUCGCAACUUCCUGUCUGCUUCGCAGCUUUACACGUUUGGUCGACAAUCCGACGAACACUGACAUAUCACGAAAGCUGAGAGCGACGUUGAAAGUUGGCGGACACAUCUUCAAAUUCAUCAUGAAUGCUCGUAAGCAACAAAAAGCAAAAGAGGCUGGCAUUGGUAUCACUAGUCGCGAGCCAACGUUCACCAAGGAUUUGCAAAAGAUUCUGAAGUCACUAGGCGUCCUUAUGACCAACUCCGCACCCAUUCUCGUAGGGACUAAGACACUGGUCGUACAAUACUUCCACACAUGGAUACCAGAGUUCUACCCGACAAUGACGCACCAUGAGGUUCUCCAGAUUGUGACAGACUUCACCGAGAAAUGUGCAGAUGUUCAGGGCAAACUGAUUCUUUACAAGCUCGUCAUGGUCUAUAACUUCCUUCAAAGCGAUGUUUUGAAACACGAAGACAUCCGACCGACAUUGCUGCAAUACACGUCAAAAUGGCUGGAACCUUACUGGGGCUUCACGAAUCCAGUCACUGAUCAAUGGAAAGAGCAGGUUCGGUUGUGCUCCUCCAUCGUGGCGUCUCACGUCGAAGAGCUAGACUCGGAGGUUCCAGAGUAUAUGCACAAACUCGUCGACUCUUUUAUGGCUAUCCAAAAAAUUCCUCGAUUCGAGAAAUCAUCUCUCUCACUUUUGUUCCCAUCCUCCUAUCCAUUUCCUCUUCGCCCCACCAACGCUAAAUUUGAGCUCGAGGAGACUCUAGUUGAGAUCUCGGCAGUGCUUGCAGCUUUAUCUUCACGACCGACGAUCGUUUCCCAGGACUGGCCGCAAACUCGUGUGGGCGACUUCUUGAUUUCCUGCUUACAAGUACAUAUGGCCAUCAUGAAUGGAGAAGCAUUCCCUAUGUCGUGGAUGAGCACACAUAUCUACCACCACAAAUCAACUAUGAGGACGUUGGAAAAAAUCGCGCAUAUAUUGAUAGAAUCUUUCCUACCUGAGCCAGAUGACGCUGACCAGUUCAGUACUGAGUUAUGGCGAUCGUUCUUCGACACUCUCCUGCAACUAGUCGGUAGUAACGCCCUUGCCUUGGAAGCAUUCCCAGAGCAGAAGCGGCGUGCUGUUUGGAAAAUUGCAGGCGAUGUGCGUGAACUUGGUGCAAAUCUGUUACGUCGAUCGUGGACAGCUAUAGGAUGGGAGACGUCGCCAGAGGAUCGCCGAGAGUAUAAUUUAGCCAGGAUGGGUGGUUACCAGGUUCAAUAUGUCCCUGGUCUCAUCCCGCCGAUCGUCGAACUUUGCCUAAGUGUUCACGAAGGCCUGCGGCGAGUUGCGAUCGAUAUACUUCACACCAUGAUCAUUAGUGAAUGGUGUUUGAGCCAAGACCUCGCUCUCAUUCAAGCAGAGAUGAUUGACUGCCUCGAUCGCUUGUUCAAGUCCAAGCCCAUGACUGAGAGCAUGCUGCAGAAGACCUUCAUAGGCGAGCUCAUUGAUCUGUUCGAAUCACUUGCCGACAGUCCCGAUGACGACGAGCUGUUUGUUGCGAUCAAAGGCAUCAUCAGCACUAUCGAUGAACUCCUGGACCUGCUUGUUGCCGUCCACAGCACAGAUGCCACCGGGGAGGUCUUCCACAUCAUGGACACCCUCCAUUUAAUGGAGUUCUUGAAAGACAUGCAGAAGGAAGACAUUUAUGUCGCAUAUGUUCAUCAACUGGCUCGACUGCAGGCCGAAGCUGGCAAUUAUACGGAGGCCGGCCUGGCGCUCCGUCUGCAUGCCGAUCUAUAUCAAUGGGAUCCUACAGUCACAAUCGAGGCUUGCUCAGCACCGGACUUCCCUUUGCAAACUGCCUUUGAACGUAAGGAAGCCAUCUAUUUUCAAAUGAUCAAGUACUAUGAAGACGGACAAUCGUGGGAUAAUGCUUUGGGCACGUACAUCGAAUUGGCCUAUCAAUAUGAGCACAACAUGUUCGACUUCGCAAAGUUGGCUCGGUCUCAAAGAGCAAUGGCAACUAUUUAUGAGGCCAUCAGUAAAGGCGAGAGACCGAAUGCUCGGUAUUUUCGUGUCGUAUACAAAGGUCUUGGCUGGCCUAUUGGUUUGCGUGACAAGGACUACAUCUUCGAGGGUUCUUCUACCGAUCGACUGGUUUCAUUCACCGAUCGUAUGCAAUCACAACACCCUUCGGCUCAAAUUCUUCCAAUAGGAAGCGAACAAGAGGACGUGGAAGGUCAAUACCUUCAGGUCUAUGCUGUAACUCCACAGAAAGACCUCGUCCAUCCUAUCUAUCAGCGUGCCAAGGUUUCCCAACCAAUCCGUGAUUAUUUCCUUCUUUCACGACCGAAGAACUUCACCACCGCCUCUCGCCGUCUAGGUGGUGAGUCUGUCCGCGAACAAAUAGCUGAGAAGACGGUAUACACAACGGCAGAGACAUUCCCUACCAUUCUCCGUCGCAGUGAGAUCGUUACUACAGACAUCAUCACCCUUCCACCGUUCGAAACAGCACUAGAAAGGACGACGCGCAAGACAUCUGAACUUUAUGCUUUAGAGAAACGGGUUACUAACGGGGAAGAUGCUGCUUUCACCCUGCUUGCCGAAAGCAUCACAUCAUCUAUAGAUACAUCGACCGACGCCAGCGUGGCUUUGUACCGCGAACUGUUACCACAAUCCCACGAGCUUGUAAAUGAUGAAGGCGAAGAGCGAGCUUUUGGAGUUUUGGAAAAUGCUCUCAGGGUUGCAUUGAUCGAUCAUGCAUUGGUAAUCAAGCGCUGUUUGGGUGUAUUCUCGCGUGGCGCCUAUCAAGCCACCCGCGCAGAGCUCACACAACGGUUCGAGAUAACUUUUGCCCCGGAACUCGAACAAUUGGCUCCUGUAGCACCUCCUGUCAUGGACAUUAACGCCACAGAAGUGACCACAUCCUGGCUGACCAGACCAAUCCCAAUUACACAGAAACAGACCCAUGAUCGUGUAGUGACCCCCGACCACCCAAUGCUUAUGACAAACGGUCCUAGCCAGUCAAACGGGUCCCCCUUUGCCCUCUCGGAGAAGCGCCACAAACGCAAUGAAAAGUCCCGGCUGAGUCUCACGUUUCUAAAGCGCACUUCCGGAGAAAACCAAGCUGUCACCAGUGCAAUCCAGGAGUCAGAAGAACGUGCUCCUCGCAACUCAAUGCGCGAACCACGAUCUCCGAUUAGAAGCCACGGUGCAAGCACCCAGCCCAGCGACUCGGACCUCAGCAGGACGCUCAGUACCACCGCAUACAGCCAGCGAAGCGCGAGCGUCGACCGGGACGGAAGCAUCAAUCACGGAGCCGAGACGAUCCGCUCGACGAAUACGGACAAGAGCGACGGCAAAACAAGCAGGAUGGGCAGCGUCAAGAAGAGAUUGAGUGCUCUCAACCUAGGUGUGGGGAAAAAGCUCAGUAAGACUAAUGUGCGGCCUGAAGGGACGAUAAGAGAAUAGUGUUGCUCGUUCCGUACAAAACCGCCCUUUUGUGCAAUUUCGGGCCGUCUUAUCUAAGACUCACUCGUUUCUCAGUGCCUUACUUCCUCCCUUCCUUUUCUCGUCUCUUUGUACAUAUUGUGACCUUUACGCAACAUCUGUUGAGUUUUCUCGAUUCACCUUGGCUGCGUGUAUUUACAUUCUGUACACCAAUCUUCCCUAUCGUUUCUUGUUUUCCCGCAAAGGAUGCUGAAAGAAUCCGAAUUUAUAUA